CGGAUAUGCAGCCUGUAAUUUCCUUCUAAAAAAAUAAUUUAGUCUCCAGUUUAUUUACAAUCUCAUUUCUUUGUGUUCUUCCCUCUUCUCUCUAGUUUCUCUCUCCUAGGGUUUCUUAACCGCCGUGCUUUUGGGAUUUUUUCCAUACGAUCGGUGACUCACUUCCCGCUGCAACUUUCUCUCCUUUCAAUUUCCUUUGAAAUCUCUGAUAUAUUAUGGUGAUGGAGAUCACCCAAGUACUGUUGAAUGCUCAAUCAGUUGAGGCAGAUAUCCGAAAGCAGGCAGAACAGGCUUUGAAAACUUUUCAAGAACAAAACUAUCCAAGCUUCUUGCUGGCGCUUGCUGGAGAGCUAGCCAAUGAAGAGAAGCCAGCUGAGUCGAGGAAGUUGGCUGGGCUUGUUCUUAAAAAUGCACUGGAUGCCAAGGACUCACAUAGGAAGUAUGAGCUUGUACAGAAAUGGGUGUCUUUAGAUGUUGGAUUAAAGAACCAGAUUAAGGCAUUCUUGUUACAAUCCCUAGCUUCACCUGUUCAUGAUGCUCGCUCAACUGCAUCACAGGUGAUCGCUAAGGUUGCAGGUAUUGAGUUACCUCAAAAACAAUGGCCAGAGUUGAUAGGAUCAUUGUUGGCGAAUAUUCACCAACUUCCACCUCAUGUCAAGCAAGCAACUUUGGAGACACUUGGAUACAUGUGUGAAGAGGUAUCCCCAGAUGUUGUAGAUCAGGAUCAAGUGAAUAAAAUCCUUACCGCAGUUGUUCAGGGUAUGAAUGCAAAUGAAACGAAUAAUGAAGUCCGGCUUGCUGCUACACAUGCAUUAUAUAAUGCUUUGGGAUUUGCCCAGGCUAAUUUCAAUAAUGAUAUGGAAAGAGAUUACAUCAUGAGAGUUGUUUGUGAGGCAACAAUGUCACCUGAUGUGAAGAUAAGGCAGGCAGCUUUUGAAUGUCUGGUUGCCAUUUCUUCCACAUAUUAUGAAAAGUUGGUUCCUUACAUUCAGGACAUCUUCAAUAUCACUGCAAAAGCUGUGAGGGAAGAUGAGGAGGCAGUUGCUCUUCAAGCUGUUGAAUUUUGGAGUUCAAUCUGUGACGAAGAGAUUGACAUUCUUGAAGAAUAUGGUGGUGAAUUCACUGGUGACUCUGAUAUUCCUUGCUUUAAUUUUAUUAAGCAGGCUCUCCCUGCUUUGGUACCCAUCUUGCUGGACACACUCCUCAAGCAAGAGGAGGAGCAAGACCAAGAUGAGGGAGCUUGGAAUAUUGCUAUGGCGGGGGGUACUUGCCUUGGGCUUGUUGCGCGGACUGUUGGAGAUGAUAUUGUGCCUCUUGUGAUGCCAUUCAUUGAAGAGAAUAUCGCAAAGCCGGAUUGGAGACAAAGAGAGGCUGCUACCUAUGCAUUUGGGUCAAUUUUAGAGGGUCCCUCCCCUGACAAGUUGACAUCCAUCGUCAAUGUUGCUUUGAACUUUAUGCUCACUGCAUUGACGAAAGAUGUUAACAGCCAUGUUAAAGACACUACCGCUUGGACUCUUGGUAGAAUUUUUGAAUUUCUUCAUGGAUCUGCUGUGGAAACUCCAAUUAUUACGCAUGCAAACUGCCAGCAGAUUAUUACAGUUUUAUUACAGGCCAUGAAUGAUACACCUAAUGUCGCUGAAAAAGCUUGUGGUGCUCUCUAUUUUCUUGCACAAGGCUAUGAGGAUGUUGGCUCUUCAUCACCCUUGGCUCCUUAUUUUGAGGAGAUUGUUAAGUCCCUUCUUACUGUAACUCACAGGGUAGAUGCUGCGGAGGCGCGGUUGCGAGGUGCUGCUUAUGAAACUCUAAAUGAGGUGGUUAGAUGCUCAACAGAUGAAACUGCUCCCUUGGUGGUGCAGUUAGUUCCUGUUAUUAUGAUGGAGCUUCAUAACACACUGGAGUCACAUAACCUUCUUCCAGAUGGAAAACAGGGUGAACUACAAGGUCUCCUGUGUGGGUGCCUUCAGGUUAUCAUUCAAAAGCUGGGGUCAUCAGAGUCAACGAGAGCGGCGCUUUUGCAGUAUGCUGAUCAAAUUAUGCAACUGUUUCUUGGUGUUUUUUCUUGUAGUAAUGCCACUGUUCAUGAAGAGGCUAUGCUUGGAAUUGGUGCUCUUGCCUACGCCACAGGUCCAGAAUUUCUGAAGUACAUGAAUGAAUUUUACAAGUAUCUGGAAAUGGGUCUUCAAAACUUCAGUGAUUACCAAGUCUGUGCUGUCACAGUUGGUGUGGUGGGAGAUUUAUGCAGGGCAUUGGAGGAUAAGAUACUGCCUUACUGUGAUGGGAUUAUGACACAACUCCUUAAGGACUUGUCGAGCAAUCAACUACACCGAUCAGUGAAGCCUCCGAUUUUCUCUUGCUUUGGGGACAUUGCCCUUGCAAUAGGGGAGAAUUUUGAGAAGUAUUUAAUUUAUGCCAUGCCAAUGCUUCAGAGUGCAGCAGACUUGUCUGCUCACACAGCUGGUGCUGAUGAUGAGAUACUUGAAUACACCAAUCUCUUGCGAAAUGGAAUCUUAGAAGCAUACUCGGGGAUUCUUCAAGGCUUCAAGAACACUUCAAAAGCUCAGCUUGUACUUCCUUAUGCUCGCCAUAUACUUUCAUUCAUCGAUAGUAUUUACCAAGGGAAAGAUAUGGAUGACGCUGUCAUGAAGACUGCUAUUGGAGUUCUUGGUGAUCUUGCCGACACACUUCCAACUAGUGCAGGUUCUUUGAUUCAGCAGUUCCCGUCAUGCAGGGACUUGCUUCGUGAAUGCUUGUCAUCGGAGGAUCAUUCUAUAAAACAAUCUGCUGAAUGGGCAAAGUUGGCCAUCAGUCGAGUGAUUGCCAUUUGAGGCUUGGUCCCCUGCUUGGUAUUUUCUUUCCUUUUUGAUGUCCCAGCAUGCAUCAGGUGUGUGGAGUUGGGUCCGGGGGUUCAGGAUUGCAUAAGUGUCGGGUGUCGUCACCAGUCGGACAACUAAACUUGUCAGCUUUCAUGUUGUCGCUAACUCAUGCAUCAGCAAAGCUGAUCGGUCCGUCGGUCAGGUCAGGUCAGGUCCAUUUGUUUGCAUAUUAAGGAGGUCGUGGAUAGUCGGAAACAGUUAAAAGGGGCCUCCACUUGAUUGUUCAAACCUCUAAUUCAGUGCUAAAGGAUAAGGAUGAGAGACAUAUUUGUCCUUGGGUCUAAAGUGUCAAAUUCACGCUUAAAGGACGGUGCCCAGUCUAUGAUCCACUCAUUUAAUACUCGAAAAUGAUCAUCCCUUGCUUGCCAUAAUGGUUUCUUUUGUCUCCCAAUGGUACAUCGUGUCUUGGAAGUCGAAUGUUUCAAAGAUGUUGGAAUGACCGUCAGUCGCAUAACAGAGUUUCCCUCUGCAAUUUUUGGCCCAAUUUUCCUCCCAUUUUUUUGUCUUCUUUCUGGGUUUCCCAAUUUAAGUCCUGCUUCGUUUUUAAGUCCAUCAUUCUAGUCAACAGUCUGUUGCAUUUGGUCUCUAUUUUUACCUUUUUUUGUAUCCUCAUGUGGUCUUUUUUGAUCACCCACUUACGUUGAUAAGCAUCACAUUACUUAAUAUUAUUGUGUCUUUUUAAUUAUAUAUGAAGUAUAUAUUCUGGAUUCAAGCCUUUUUUUUUGUCAAGGCAAUUUCAUCUUUGUCAAUGUUCGCACUUGGUAUAAAUGAGCAAACCAAGUUUGCUACUUGGGAUCGGCAGAAUCUUUGACUACUUGUGGGAUUGAAUGAAGUGUCAAAGCUUAUUAUGUUAUGCUGCCUAGAAUCUUUUAUGUAAAGUUGGCUCCCGUAAUGUAUUUUACUUACAUUUGUGAUACCAAUUACUUUGAAAUUCUUUUAUGUAAAUAAGAAUCUGGAGUUGGUUUC